CCACAGUUCCCAUGCCCAAAUCCCAACGGGUGAUGGGUGGAGACCACGCAAUCCCAAUAGAAAGAAAGAUCUUUGAAGCAACUCUCAUAAAAUUGUGGAGACAAAAGUCCAAUAUCAUUGCACCGUUGACCCAAUUGACUGUCCCAAUCCAAAUGAGAGAACUCGUAACUGUCUCUGCCAUUCUGUUGGCAUCCUGGAUUGCCAAGGAUGUCGUGGCUUUUGCCCCAUCUCCUCGUGUCCUUUGGAAAAGCUCAAGGCUGUCCAUGUCGGCCGAAACGAAUGAGGCCAAAGUUUGCCUGGAAACGUUGGAAAAGCGCAUCAAGGAGGGUCCCGAUUCGCUCAGUAGCAGCGAAGUUUCUGACUUGAAGGCAGCCAUGUUACGAAUUGAGGAUUAUGUGGACGUCCUCAAGAUACAGGAAGACUCAGCAGCAGCUGAUGAUGAUGAUCAAUCUACUGGUGGUUCUCUUGAAGAGCAGCUCUAUCAGGCCGCCACUCAAAUGGACGGACACGCCGUUACGAAGUUGCUCGAAUCUGGCAACGUGGAAAUGGACGACGACACGACCAACGCUGCCUUUUGGGCCGUUGUCAAUGCCGUCGACACGGCCGAAGCGGCAGAUCAGCCAUUGUCGGAAAAUGUUCCCAUUAUGCUGCAUCACAUUUUUGACGCCGAUCACAAAUUGCUGCUAAAAAGAGAAAAACAGACCACCAAUGUCACGUGCAUGCAACCGGACGAUUCCGUGGGUGUCGGAGGAGCCGCGCGACGUAUGAAUUAUAUUUUUGACGAUUCGGCCCAUAAAGAUUUGCCGUUGAAAGAAGGCCGGUGCUGCGAAGGAGGGGAUUGCUGCGAUGCAUGCAGUCGCAAUUUUUUUCCGACAUUUGCAUUGACACCCGAAAGUGAUCUCGAGACAUUUCCCGAAUUGGCGUCGUUUACAUUCAACAAUUUGGAAAAGGUAUCCGCCAAGACUAUUUUGCAAUUUGUACGACUCAUUGAACGAGUGCGUCGUACUAUUGCGCAUGAAUACGGACUGCCAUUGUCGACCAUUCUCCCGUUGCAAGCGUAUUCGCGCAAAUACGUGGCGGGAACCACGCAAAAAGGAGGAGGCGGUGGGGAAGGAGAUUUUGUCACGCUUCAUACCGAUGAAGCUACUCAUUCGGGAUAUCACUAUUCGUGCGUACUGUAUUUGAGUACACAGGGAGAAGACUUUGAAGGCGGGAGUUUUGUCUUUAAUGACCCCGAUCCCGAUGCACAGACAGAAGCGGAAAUGGAGGCCCAAAAGAGCGAUGAAGAAAACGAGGCGCUCAAGGCACUCGAGCAAAAGAUACUCAAUGGAGAAGAGCUCCCCGAGGAUGAUAUGGUCAUUGAGGUGGCCGACGAAGACGAGGACGCGUACAUUUCGCUGUCCGACGAGAUUCGCAAGGCGGGACGAAAAAUGACGCCCUUUGCACCCACCCGCGGAGCGGCUGCCAUUUUCUCCUCGGGGUGGGAGAACAUGCACGAGGUGGAAAAAAUCACAUCGGGAAUUCGUUACGCCGUGCCCUGUUUCUUCACGACCUGUCCGGUACCCCAAGCGCACUACGAUCAAAUGAAAGUCGGCAAACCAAAGACGGACGAGGAUAUUGCCGACGAUUGGUUGCAUCUACUGCUCGCGCAUCGAAAAGAGGAGCCCAUGGAGUCGGUCGGACGUGUCAAGGAACUGCUCAUGAAGUGGCAUUGCCUGUGCUCGCCGCUGAGUAUGCAUUGAAAUAGUUUAUUAUUUAUUAUCACACGCUUUCACGAACGGGCUGUACGAGAGAAGUUUACAGCUAGCUUGACUUAGCUUUACUGUGGUAAAAGUAUAGCUACUGUUUCCAAAAACUAAAAAAGAGAUGAACUGCAAUGCCGCACGUACGGACUGACUUUUCAAAGUGAUUGUGGUAGCUAGCUAGGGCACAAUCGGAAUCAUAUAUACUAGCAUCCUCUGUUC